AUGACAGACCACUCGGAUAGGCCCUCAGUAGAUCCCGUCGCGUUCGAAGGCGAUGAAGUGUUGACGAAAAUGUCGAACACAUUCCUAGCACUUAUAGCUGAGCAAAGGCAAAGACAAGCGCUACUCCUCAGUCGGGUAAACGUCAAAGAGAACAAUAUCCGAAACGAUGUGAGUAGUAUGAAGUUGGCCUUGAGCAGGAUGGAAUCGAAGUUGGAGGCGAGACUGGAACUGGGAUUGAUAUCGAGAUUGGAAUCGAAAUUUGAUGAAAUGAUAGCUGACUACUUCGAACUAAAGAUGGGAAUGCAAAGCAUACUCCAGCUUUUGCUGAAUCAUCAUAAUGCCCCAAAUCCGGAAAAUCAAAGGAGAAGGGAAUCAAUUUCUCCACCACAACUGUUCCUGCUGGAAACACUGCUGUACCACUUGAGCUCGGAAGAAGAAAGCAAUCAAUUUGAACCUUCUUCAGCAAAGCAUGCUAUUAGUGAAGUAUCUCAAGAAACAAGUAUAACGAAGCUGAGCAAUGGGCCCAAACGCAAGAGGGUCAAUAGAAUUCCGAAGAAAGCUCCGAUAGUUCUUAACGCACGUUGCAUCCCGGACCUCAUGGAUGAAUACAAAAUCAUAAAGAACUACAUUUGGCAGAAGUCAGUUCGUGACCGAUAUUACUUAUCAACUCGCAGGAUUCUUUAUCAAUAUCUUGAAGACAAGGGCGAGAUGUUUGACGAUGAAAACAAGACCGUGAUCGUGUUGGAAAAUUAUCGUACUUUUCAUCGUUAUACAAUAACAACUUUAGCGAGAUUGUUCGAGUCAUGGUCCGACAAGAAGUAUCUUGGGAAAGGUCGCGGGCAUAUUAAAGAUUUGUAUUCUGAACUUACCAGACAACGAAUCGACGAGGCAUUGAGACAAUUUGUGAACUCGCCACUCUGCUAUCGGCCCGACUUUGUUUCUGACAAAAAUGAUACGAUGAAGGCGCAAGAUCAACCAAACGUGGGGUAA